ACCCCGCACCGCCCCGUCCCGUCCCUAUCGCUCUCCAUCGUCGCCCUCCUCCACCUCCACCUCCGCCUCUAGCUCUCUCCUCCGGUUCUCCCCCCACAGCUUGGCGUAGACAGGCAGACAGAUACAGCGGCGCCGUUACCAAGAGAGACAGAUCGCGCUGCCCAAGAAAAGAAGCCGCGCGACGGCGCGAGCUCCCUUCCCUCGACGGAUCGAUCGCCCGGUUGCGGCACUAACGUCUCGCGGUUCCGUUGGAUUGGACCUGGAACCGCGAGAUCAAGAAAACGCCUAGCAUUAAAUUCCGAGACUAAAAAAAGAAACCAACAUUGAUUGACUGCAAUUUUGAAGAAAGGGGAGAGCAGCUUAGAUUUGAUCGGCGGCGGCCGAUCUUGGCUCGGAUGGCGCCGCCGCCGUCGCUGGACUACUGGCGGGGCUUCUUCAGCGGCGCGCGGGCGAGCAUCUUCGACGCCAUCGACGCCGCCAUCCGGCUCGCCGCCGCCGACCACCCCGACGCCCUCCGCGCGCGCCGCGACGCCAUCGCCGAGCGUCUCUACACCGCGCUUAUCGCCCUUCCGCCGCCGGAGGCGCCGUGGCUCCCUACCACGGGCCAGCCGGCGCCCAGCCUCUGCAGCUCCGACCGCGCUGAGGUCGUCACCGACGACGGCGGCGCCGCGCCACCGAACCACAGCGAUGACGCCAUCAUCGCCGAGGCGUUCCGCGUCAAGGCUGCUCUCUCUAAUGCCCAAGAAAAGUCGGAGGCCGAGUUGCUCGAGCUGCUUCAGAGGCUGCGCCAGCUGGAAUUCACGGUGCAGGCCAUCAUGGCUACUGAGAUUGGAAUGGCGGUGAAACCGCUGAGAAAGCAUGCCUCAAAGCAGAUUCGGCAACUCGUCCGAUCGCUCAUUGAGGGUUGGAAGGCUAAGGUUAAUGAGUGGGUUAAUGAUGGAGGUCCCAUUGUAGAUCACACACCGCAAUCAGUGGAUGCUUCUUGCCUGGAUCAGGAAGAAGGGGGUCUGCCUUCCCCUCCAAUGGACGAGGCUGCCCUGUUUGCGACACCGUGCACUUCGAUCCAGCUAUCUGAGUUCUUCGAUGAAAUGGAUGAUGAUGGAAACAUUAGAAGUGAGGUCAACGAGCACAGGCAGUGCAAUAAGCCAAACCAAGAGUCAAUCAAGAAGUCACCUAUGGGCCAAUGGUACGACCCAGAGCAGAAUUGGAAGCUAGACCCAUCUUCUGUGAAGCAAUCGCAACCGAAUGAGCCAUUCAACUGGCAAACAAAGCAACAAUCUAAUCCAGGAGCACAAGGGAAGCCGGCAAGCGCAGCAUUUGGUCCUGGAAGACCUCAGAUGAUGCGUUUGGAGACGCAAUGCUCUGAAAUGAGGCCAAAGCAGCAAGAGCAGGAUGUCUCGGUGGCCCAAAGGAGGCUGAAACCAACUAUGCCUAAGCCAUCGCCUCGGCACGAUGAAAAUUCUGUUCGAGCAAAGCUAGAGCUUGCAAAGGAAGCCAAGCUCGAAGCUACAAAGCGCAAGCUUCAAGAGGGUUACCAAGAAUUCAACAAUGCGAAGAAGCAGAGGACGGUACAGAUGGUGGAUCCGCAAGACCUGCCAAAGCAAGGGAGCCGAAACCCGGCGCUCAGCGGCAAGGUGAGGAACAGCAGCAACAACAUCCGGAAUCGGCUGGGCAUCCGUCGCUGAUCAAACCCACCCAUGGUGGUCUUCCUAAUUUUGGAUACCCACCACCAUCACCAUUCACCCAUCCCUCACCCUUGCCACCGCCAGUUGCUGCCUUGAACCUGGAUGCAUCAGUGGAAGUGUUUCUUAGUUCUGGUCCAGUACUGUAUACGUGCAUAAGUUAACAUCGGUAAGGCUUCACUGUGGAGGCGGGAAGAGUCGCCCCAGGGAUAUUUACAUGUGUACUACUGCUGCGGCCCUAACAUGUUGGGUCAUGGGUCAUCGUAACUCUUAAGUGGCUCGUUUGCCAAACCUGUAGAGAUAAACGUGACAUUGCAUAUAUACAGUGAUACUAUUUGUAGAGAGCUGCCUUAUAGCAACAGUGGUUGUGUCUUCCCUUUGGCCUGGAUGCAAA